CGCCCACGCAUCCAUUCACCACCCCAGCCCAAUCCCAGUCUGCUUGAUGAUCGUCACGCGCACUUUUCCUCCAACAGGAAAUAACAGAUCCAUUGAGACCCCAGCUGUUGUGUUGGCCCGAGGGUCUGUGGUCGAAGCUGUCGCAUUCGACUCUAGCCUCAUACGGUGGUGCCCUUGCACAUACCCACUGUCUGCUUUUGCUUUUGCUUUUUUUUGUUGUUCUUUUUGUCUACCCUUUUUCGCACAAAGACCUCCGUCCUGUCACCCUUUCCUCUGACCUUCAUUUCUGACCUGCACGCAUCUUACCCCAGAAUGUAACUUGCGAUCACAAAGCGCAAAGCGAUAAGGAUUUGGACUCGACCGCUAAACUUUUGCGAAUCAACCAACUCCUGGAGUGUAUGCGACGCACGGUUUCUUUCCCUGCCUCUUCUACACAGUGAUGUUAAAGUACACGGAAGAUGCGCCUGGCCAGCAGGUGUCGUCGAAGAGCCCUCCUUAUCAUUCGUCACAAAAUCAAACCAUGGAGGACAGACAGCGCGACAACGGAGACAAAAUCGACACAAAUGUGCGCUCGGCCACUGCAGGGGCAAAUGCCACAAAUCAGCAGAACCCCUCGAUCGCCAGGAGCAUGUCUCGAUACCGGCGCAACCGACCUGCUGCAGCUUCAGCGACACCUCCCACGCCUGCGCUGCCUGACCGCGUUAAAGCUCAGUGUGAGACUGCCUUGCCCAGCACUGCGAAGGCGGUAGUGGUUCCGGAGGAAGAACGGGCACGAGAACAACACAGGCAAAAUGCGAUGGCGCAGUUGACAGGAGCAGCUGUUUCUUCUCAAGCACUUCCAUCACGACCUGCAAAGGCAGGGAGAGCAGUCAAGUCAGAGAAGGCGCUUCAGAAAGAUCAAUAUGCGACAACAUCAUCGCGACCUGCCCAGUCAGGCCGACACAAAGCGGAUACCCCACCCUCCUCCAGUGAUAGCAACCGUAAGUCCCUUCUACAAAAGGUCGGGCUGUCCAAGUCAAAGCUUUCCCAAGACCACGUCAAAGGUUCUUCCAGCUCCGCCUCGUCGAAGCCCAACUACAUUGGAGUUGGAGGGGGCGGUAUUGUCCCUGGCACUGAUGCGCCAGUCUCCGCUGUCAAUGCGGGUGAGCGUUUGGUGCUUGUCAAAUUUGGUGAUGCCAGUGCACAGUUGCCCGUGACUCCUCUCACCCAGGUGCAAGAUCUGCUGCAGUCUGCCGCUCGAAAAGUUUCUCGUGACAUUGAUCCUGACACCUCCAUCGUGAUCGAGUCUUUUCAACAGAUUGGCCUGGAACGGCGCUUGCGCCAGUAUGAACGUAUCCGAGAUGUCAUGAACUCCUGGGCGCUAGAUACUGACGGGAGCCUCAUCAUCGUGCCGCCUUCGAGCAUGGAGGCUAUCACUGAGCUCGAGGCGCAAAGCGUUUCUGCUGAACAGCCUACGGAGACUACAAUCUACUGCUACUACUCUCAUCGACCUCGCAAGUGGGAUAAACGAUACGUGACUCUCCGAACUGAUGGACAAGUGACAAUUUCCAAGAAAGAGCACUCCAAAGAUGCCACCAACAUCUGCCAUCUAUCGGAUUUUGACAUCUACUCCCCGAGCGCUCGAUCUUCUGCAAAGGAGAUCAAACCCCCUAAGAAAAUCUGCCUUGCAAUCAAGAGUCAGCAGAAAUCCUCCAUAUUCCUCUCGACUGACAACUUUGUGCACUUCUUCAGCACUAAUGACCGCGCCGUUGCGGACAAAUGGUACAAAGCUGUCCAAGGCUGGCGAAGCUGGUAUCUGGUGAACAAAGUGGGUGUUGCGAAUCCAGUGAAAGGUGUCGAUGAGACGGACCGCAAGGCUUCUCUGGUGCAAUCCGCGACGAGGGCAAUUCCACAACCGCAAGGCGUAUCAUCCGACAUACCUCGCUUGGAUCGUCAAAACAGUGAGCCAGAGCCUACGCGCCGCUCUGUCGAGCGUGCCAGAAAGGAAGCAUCCGUUCCUCGCAGAAAGACCACCCGCGAGCACAGACCUCCCCCAAGCUCGUUUCCAAAGACCCUUGCUAUCGACACCAACACGAGUCAUCAUCAGACACGUACACCUAAUGAUUUGUCUCCCACCGAGGACACCUCGGACUCUGUUUUCAUGUCAUCAGGCCUUUUGGGUAGGACGUACACCCAGCGUCAGCAGGCGAUGCAUGAGCGGGAAGAGAGAGACAAGCGAGCGAAGCAGGAUCCCUUUACAGCCCAUGGUCUGGUUUCAGGAAGCCCCGUGUACUCUCAAAUUGCACAGCAGAGCAGCCGCACCAAUACCCUCACCCACGCAGAUGCGGCCGCCCACCUGGGCCGUACAAUGUCCCUUAAACAGGCGCAGAAGCCGUUGGUGGACUUGACGCCGGUCUUUGUGGAGCCACCGCAGCACUCUCGCAAAGGGCGUGGUGUGGCCGUCGAACCUGGCCGGCAGCUGAUCGAUGCAGCUACUGGACCCGAACUGGCUCCUGGUACGGUGAACGUUCCCCCGGCCACGGCCUGGCGACGACCCGCUGCUGCCGAAGUCUCUUCGCAGACUCGGUACCGCUCCAAUACGAUGCGGAGCGGACGCCAGGCCUCGGCACCGGUUCAAUACCCGGGCGCCAGCUCGGCCGGAGCUAGCCCGACAUCGCCAGACAACCCAUUCAUGGCGAACAGCCUGCUCGCGGCAUCGAGCCGCACCAUGGGUACUCAUCCGAUGCCGAGCAGAGCGCCUGGGGGACAUGGCGUUGCAACAGGGGAUCGCAACGCAACCCGUCCGCUGAUCGAUAUGUCGAGCGAGAAUCCCUUUGCGGAAGGCAGUCUGCUGCGAAAGCUGUGAGUAAAUGAUCCUUGAUGAUGGCAUGAUUUCGUUUGGAGGCUCUCUAGGUGUUUCGGUGGUAAGAAUAGGAACCCAGUGGGAGGAAAUCUACAAGGAUUCACGGCCAGCUCCUCUGGGAUAUGAGAACUUCCGAGGCUGUCUAUCGUUCUUGGAAAGUAUGGUGACAUGUAAAGAUACCCAUUGACUAUUGAGAAUUCAUUCAAUUAAUAAGCGCAUUACCUCUCUUCGAACAAUGAGAUCCGAAAGAAGACUGGGUAAUAUAGCAAAAUCUGCAAGCCCACGG